AUGUCUCCUCCCGACGCCGAUACCUCCGCGGGGCUCUCCGAGGUGGACCUCGAGCGGUCGCUCAAGGCGAGCGGCGUCGGCGAUAAGGCCGCGUCAUCCUACGCCGUCCCGAUCGUCGACCUCUCCAACCCCGACGAGACGGCGGUCGCCGACGCCCUCUGGGACGCGGCCACCACCGUCGGCUUCUUCACCGUGGUGGGGCACGGCAUCGACGAGGAAUCCAUCGACGCGCAGUUCGAAGCGUCGCGCGAGUUCUUCGAGCAGGACCUCGCGGUGAAGGAGGCCGCGUCGCCGUUCGAGUCCGCGCUCAACUCCGGGUUCGAGCACAUGAAGCAGGUGCGGCCCAGCACCGGUCUCCCGGACGUCAAGGAGAGCCUGCAGGUCACCGCGAGAGCCGACGCCAUGUCCGGGCGAUGGCCCCCGAAGCCCGCGGACUUCGAGGCGCGGACCAGGGCGUUCAUGACGAAAUCUCACGCGCUCGCGGCGAGGAUCCUGACCUUGCUGGAACCGAGGGCGUGCCCCGGGCAAGCGCGCGGCACGCUGGCCGACGCGCACACGCUGUGGGGACCGGACGGGCAGUGCACCUUGCGGCAUCUUCACUACCCGCCGAUGUCCGCGGAGCGCGUCGCGGCGUUACCGCCCGGCAGCUGGAGGGCCGGCGCGCACACGGACUGGUGCUGCGUCACCCUGCUGUUCCAGCGUACCGGCGAGUUUGGGCUGGAGUGCGCCGCGAACCCUCGAACCAAUUCAACGGAGUGGGCGCCGGUGGACCCCGUGCCGGGGGGCGUCGCGGUAAACGUCGGAGACAUGCUGAGCCGAUGGUCCGACGGCCGCCUCCUGUCGAACCUGCACCGCGUGCGGAUGCCGGCGCCAAACCCAGGGACGGGCGAGGUGCCGGUGAGGUACUCGCUCGCGUUCUUCAUGCAGGCGGAUAAGAGCGCGAUGAUUCAGUGCGCGGAGCAACCGCCGAUCACCGCGGGUGAUUACAUCCUCGGUCGCAUCAGGAGUAACUUCGAGAAAUGA